AUGACCAAUCUAGCAAAUACUAUGGAAGCGAAUGCUGCUACGACUAUGCAAGCUGUGAAAAGGAUGGAUCAACUGGCUGGGAACGGAAAUGGAAAUGAGAAUGGGAAUGGAGAAGGAGAUGGUAACAACUUGGGAGGUACUCCAAUGACCUUGGCUUCAUUUCUAAAGGUUCAUCCAUCAAAUUUUAGAGGGUUAACCAACCCUACUGAAGUAGACAAUUGGUUUCAGGCGAUGGAGCAUGCUCUGCAGGCUCAACAUGUUCCGAACAAUCAAUUUGUGGAAUUUACGACGGCUUUCUAUAAGAAAUACUUUCCUGAAUCAGUAAGAGAGGCUAGGGAGUUGGAGCUUAUGCAGUUGAAGCAAGGCUCAUUGUCCAUGGCCGAUUACACUAGUAGGUUUGAAGAAAACUGUAGGUUCUCUAGGGUAUGUCAAGGUGCCUCUGAGUCCUAUGAGAGUUGGAAGUGUAUAAAAUACCAAGGAGGUUUGAGGGAAAACAUCAUUACUACUAUGGCUCCUUUGGAGAUUCGGGUGUUUUUCGAGCUUGUGAACAAGGCAAGGGUCGUAGAGGAUUUUGCAAAGAAGGUGGCACUAGCAAGAGACACUCGAGGAAGAAACAACAACCAUGGGCGUGAAAAGUACUUUCAGCCUAAGGGUUAG